AGACCUAAACUAGAUUUAAGCGUUACUGUUCUCACAUCUACAUUUUGGCCUAUGAAUUUAUCCGCAAGUCCACGGUGUAAUUUCCCUGCGGAAAUAACCAAGGCAUGCGAAACGUUUCAAAGAUUUUAUCUUGGGCGACAUAGUGGUCGAAGAUUGACAUGGCAAUCCAAUAUGGGAAGUGCGGAUAUCCGUGCUACAUUUAAUACUAAAAAACAUGAUAUUAAUGUAUCAACAUAUCAAAUGGUCAUACUUCUAAUGUUCAAUGAUUUACCCCUUGGACAAAGCUUAUCGUAUGAGACAAUAAAAGGCGAAAGCGAUAUUCCAGAGGCUGAUCUCAAACGUAACCUUCAAUCAUUAGC